GGUUGUAUUCAUCGCGCAGACAGCAGUCGGGAAGCAGGCGUUCACGAUUUCGACUUCCGUGGCGGCAGAUGACGGUCUGUGGAUUUUGCUAGAUAGGACCCCUACCUUUACCUUGGACACAGACUCACCAAGUCAAUCCAAACAAUGAAGACGGAACUUAUCUUCAUAUUUGUUACGGUAUUCGGACUGCUAUGUUCCUAUCUGCUUGUCUUAUCGUUUAUCAACAGACCGAGUACCUUUCUUCCAAGAUUUGAUUUCAAAAACGGAGUUCGGCGUUCAGCAGAUUGGCUAGGUCCAACGUCGCUGUAUAGGAAAACAGCACCUGGGUUGAAGUCAGUGAAGAACAACACCUUUGCGAGUGCCAUAGCACAGAUGGACCCAAAGACCUGUUCAUAUGCUCCUAAUUCAAACAUUCAACUCGCUUCAUCUAAAACGGACUUCAGACUCGGGGACACAAUUUCUGUUGAAAUCCAACUUUUCGACGCGUACAAGCGGAGAAAAAACAAGGGAGGUGAUAACGUGAGAGUAUGGAUGAGUGAAACGUCAAAAGAUGCGCGCGCAGCAGGCGUUGUCACUGACAACAAGGACGGUACCUAUACAGGAACUCUCAAGGCUCUCUGGACCGGAAGUCCAAAAAUCGAAGCCGCCAUAGCUAGUCGGAAAGAAAACGUGGAUAUCUUCUAUCGGGUAUAUCACGAUUACUACACACUAAGAAACUUAUCAGCGAUGUUCGAGAGCGAUGGCGUCCAGGAGGAAACGUUGUGCCUACCUAUACCAAACAUCCGGAGCUUUGAGAACGUCUGUAACUUGUCAGCCGAAAAUUACGGACUCCCGUUGUAUUGUGGGAAACCAUCACACCGGAAGCUGUUGUGUCACGACUUCACGGGGUUACGUGUGCCGAAUAAACAGCCAUCUCUAUUUACUCCACACGAGGCAAAAUUCUUCGAAGGACACCUGCUACAUCAAAAGCUCCCCACAUCUGUUGCGAUAAAAGUGACGUCAGAGCAAGACACAGUUCCUUUGCCAAGUGUCCCCUGUAACAAAACACCCUUGAGGAAAAGCUGGGAGGCAUCAACACCUGUUGGCUUCUUCUACAAGAAUUCCUGGAAGUCUCUAACUUGUAAAAACACGAUUCCAGUUGAUUCGAACAUAUACAAGGAAUGUCUGAAAAACCGGAGAAUUUGGAUCCAUGGAGAUUCCACUUCAAGAAGUUGGUUCAAUACUUUAACUGAACGUUUAGGCUUGACACUUGUUACAGAGGCAUGGCACCAUUCUAAAUGGCACAAACCGGCAGUAACAAUGGACACGCUGCGGAACAUCACGCUAUUGUUUGUGCCACAUGAGUACCCAUUUUAUCAUGGGCAUACGUUCAGCAAAUUGGCUUAUAACAGAGCAACGCAUGCCUAUCUGGAUGAUCUUCCAAAUAAUUCUCGGGAUAUAUUUCUCAUUCAUUUAUACCUUCAUUUGAACCCCUUCCCUCCAGAGGUUUUUAGAACUCAUAUAAAAAGAAUUGCACAAUCUGUCAAAUCGUUAGUUGCUCGUGCCCCAGGGGUUAAAGUGGCUAUUCGAGGAACUCAUGCUUUCAAGGGUAGGGGCGAGAUAGGGUUUUUGGACGACUGUUGGAUGUUUGUAUACGAUACGAUCCAGCGGGAAGAAUUUAAAGGGCUGGAGAACAAUGUGCUUUUCUUAAAUAAUAUAGAUUUAACAGUGGCCACAGAAAACGACGACCAGCAUCCUAACUCGUUAGCAGUGGAUUCCCUGAUCAAUCAUUUCCUGGGAUCCGUGUGUGAAGGAUGAGGGAUGAGAAAGAUGGGUGUGGUGGAGUGGCGUCUGUGC